GACAGUGUCAGCUGAUCGGAGCACAUCAGCUGCUGUUCUUGUGUUUGUCCUGGACUCUCUAAGCGCCGUUUAUCGGCCCUUUUACCCGACAGGUGGCGAUGACCCGGAUCUAUCAGUAACAAGUCGAUCACACGAGCAGUCGGCUGGAUAUUCUACCACUACCUGGCUUCAAUAGGUAAGAGAGUGUCCGGACUAAAGAGAUGGCUCUGUUAAUGGAGCACCAGUUCAGACAGAUGCCAGCUGACAGACAGGUGGAAACAAGACCGUUUCUGGAGGCUGUGUCAUACCUUCCACCUUUCUUUGAUUGCCUUGGCUCCACUAUUUUCGCACCAAUAAAAGCUGACAUAUCCGGUAACAUCACAAAAAUCAAGGCAGUUUAUGAUACCAACCCGGUACGCUUCAAGACACUCCAGCAGAUUGUGGAGGCGGAGAAGGAAAUGCAUGGCGCACAAUGGCCCAAAGUCGGAGCAACGUUGGCUCUUAUGUGGCUAAAAAGGGGUCUAAGAUUUAUUCAAGUCUUCCUUCAGAGCCUUGUGGAUGGCGAAAAGGACGAUAGCAACCCGAACCUCAUUCGAGUCAAUGUCACCAAAGCCUAUGAAAUAGCGCUGAAAAGGUAUCAUGGCUGGUUUGUGCAACAGCUCUUCAGGGCAGCUCUUUACGCUGCUCCGUAUAAGUCAGAUUUCCUGAAGGCCCUCUCCAAGGGUCGGGACGUCAAGGAAGAAGAGUGCUUGGAAAAAAUCAGAAAAUUCCUCAUCAACUUCACCACCACUGUUGAUGCUAUUUAUGACAUAUACAAUAAGCUGAAUGCUGAUCUUGAUUACACAGUGUGACUGUAGGAUGUUCCUCUUUCCUCCAGUGAUCCACUCAAAGUCAUUUACAUUCUGCAGUCUAGAGCUCUGCAGUCUACAUCUUGACAUGGCACUCUUCAGGUCAUCUGACAGCUCACUGCGUGCAAUCAUCUGUGUGCCUGUUCUGGCUUACUCAAUAUGCCUUUUACUUAUUGCUGUUUGACUCUGGGACAAAGUAGCUGCAGAUUUAAACUCAAUUUAAACUUAUUUCUCUCCCUUUGAGGAGUCAUUUUUCUUUACAAGAAAAUCUUUUAUGUUUAAAAGCAAUAGUAUGGCCAGAUAUUUUAUAUGCAUGAUCCUAAGUACCCUCACAAACGUGUGAUAACUAUAGCAAGAAUCAAAGUGCUACUUAUUAAACUUUAAGUAAAUGAGUGAGGUGGUGACAGAUUUAUUGAGCCACAAAACUGUCCAUAAUGCAAAAAUGUAAUGUUUGAUACUGUAUAAUUGUCUCCCCCAUUCAUUUAUGCAUUAGAUGUUGAAAGAAACAUUUUAUUUUCUCUUCAGUUUUAAAGUCCAAACCCUACCUGUCACUAUUGUUCUAUAUCCCGAGCAAGAUAAGGGCUGCAUUUAUUUGUAAUGACAAAAUAAGAAUUUAAAAUUCGCUAUGGCUAUGGCUUUUAUUUUUAAGCCAACAAUCAAAAUCAAAAACACAUAAUUUACUUUAUUUACAAAUCCUUUGGAAAAGAAGCCUCAUAUUUUCUUCUGUUAUAGUUGUCCAUGUUUUGGGGGGAUUGAACUGUAGUUUUUAAUGAAUUUUACUUCAAAGUUAUCACAUUGUCCCAAGUCAUUUAGUAAAAGUUAUACAAAACAAUAAGCAGCUUAUCAUUUACCAAGACUUCUCUGACUUGUCUCAUGAACAUACACUGCUGGCUUCUAAUACUGAACACCUGUUUGUGCCUUAAGCUGGAGGUACGGAGAAUUUAAAUAAUCAUGUCAGCUUUUCUGCCUUUAGUCCUUUAUAUUUUUAUACAUGUCACUUUGUGUAAACCAGGCAGGCUGAUGGAGAACAUAAUGGUAAUCACUACUGAAGCUGUGGUCUGCCUCUUUUAUACUUCGAUGCUAUGCAGGACUUGAUUAUGUAUCUUUCCUCUUCUUCCAAAGCAAGUGCUUUUCUGUCCACUCUCAGGUGCUUACAUUAAACUGAAUGUGUACUUCCUUUAAACCUCAUUGUCGAGGGGAUAUAAAGUGUUGUAUUCUCACUUCUUGCCUUCUACACAGUUCUACACAGGUGAGAUGUCAAAUGUGAUAUUUUGACAACAUACUGACCUUGAGUUGAGGUUAUGUUGGUGGCCUUUGGAUAAUCAAUACAGUUUUGAGUUUAUGUUUGUCUGAUGUCUCUGUGUGUGUGUGUGUAUACUGCAAAACAAAUAAAUCUUGUAUUUUCAACUUAUGUAAAGCAAAAUUUGCAAUAAAAAAU